AUGUCAGGUGCCCCAUCCUGCCCAGCCAACAUCUCCGCAGCUGCUGACCGGGUCCUCAGUGGCUUCCAGGAAGGCUUCCUGUGGCCCCUGCUGGUGACCGAGUUCCUGGUGGCCGUGGCUGGUAACAGCCUGGCCCUCUACCGCUUCGGCACACGGGAGCAGCGCCCCUGGCACCCGGCCGUGAUCUUCUCGGCCCAGCUGGCUGUCAGCGAUCUGCUCUAUGCCCUGACACUGCCCCCGCUGGCUGCCUACUUCUACCCACCCAAACACUGGCGCUACGGGGAGGCCAUGUGCCGCCUCGAGCGUUUCCUCUUCAUCUGCAACAUGCUGGGCAGCAUCAUCUUCAUCACCUGCAUCAGCCUCAACCGCUACCUGGGCGUCGUCCACCCCUUCUUCACCCGCAGCCACCUGCGGCCCAAGCACGCCUGGGCCGUCAGUGCUGCAGGCUGGGUGCUGGCGGCCCUGCUGGCGGCGCCCACCCUCAGCUUCUCCCACCUGACCACCCCGCAGCAACAAGGCAACUGCUCCGUGGCCAGGCCCGACGCCUGCAUCAAGUGCCUGGGGACCGCGAGUGACAGCCACCUCAAGGCCUUCACAGCCUACAGCCUGGUGCUGAUGGCCCUGGGCUGCGGCCUGCCGCUGCUGCUCACCCUGGCGGCCUACGGCGCCCUCAGCCGGGCCGUGCUACGCAGCCACGGCAUGACGGCAGCCGAGAAGAUGCACGUGGGAGUGUUGGUGGCCAGCGGUGUGGUGCUUUAUGCUGGUUCCUACCUGCCCUACUUUGUCACACGGGUUAUCAACGUGUCUGCCCGGCAGCGCUGGACAGCCCGCUGCCCAUCCUUUGUGGACGAGGCUCAGGCUGUGAGGGCACUGGACCUGGGGUCCUACGUGGGCCACCAGGUGACGCGGGGCCUCGUGCCCCUGGCCAUCUGCAUCCACCCGCUGCUCUACAUGGCUGUGGCGCCCAGCGCAGGCUGCUGCCACCAAUGCUGCCUCCGCUGCAGGGAGGGCCGGGCCUCAGAGACUGCAGAGAGCCCCAGCCAACCCCUGGCCCUCACCGCCACAGCCACCAAGACCUCAGGGCCCCAGUCCCCUGAGCUGAGCCCAUGA